GAAGAGAAGAAGAGAGAUUGUGGGGAAGAAAAAAAAAAGAAAUGGGAGAGAGCCAGAAGUUUCAGCUGGGGACUAUUGGGGCUCUGAGCUUGUCGGUGGUGUCGUCCGUGUCGAUUGUCAUUUGCAACAAGGCGCUUAUUAGCACACUUGGCUUUACUUUUGCCACUACUUUGACAAGCUGGCAUCUUCUGGUUACAUUUUGCUCUCUUCACGUAGCAUUAUGGAUGAAAAUGUUUGAACACAAGCCUUUUGAUGCUAGUUCUGUGAUGAGUUUUGGAAUUUUAAAUGGAACCUCUAUCGGACUUCUGAAUCUCAGCCUGGGUUUCAAUUCAGUUGGUUUCUACCAGAUGACAAAACUGGCAAUCAUUCCUUGUACUGUCCUGUUGGAGACCCUUUUCUUUAGGAAGAAAUUCAGCCGAAGUAUCCAGUUUUCACUUGGCAUCCUUCUGAUGGGUGUUGGGGUUGCAACAGUGACUGAUCUUCAGCUCAAUGCACUGGGUUCUUUUUUGUCCCUGCUGGCUGUUCUCACAACCUGUGUUGCUCAGAUUAUGACCAAUACCAUCCAGAAGAAGUUCAAGGUUUCUUCAACCCAACUUCUGUAUCAAUCUUGCCCGUAUCAGGCAUUAACCCUGUUUAUCAUUGGUCCAUGUCUAGAUGGAUUUCUGACUAAUCAAAAUGUGUUUUCCUUCGCGUAUACCCCGCAAGUGCUGUUCUUCAUUGUUCUAUCCUGCCUGAUAUCUGUCUCUGUAAACUUCAGUACGUUUUUGGUUAUUGGAAAGACGUCUGCAGUAACCUAUCAGGUCCUUGGACAUUUGAAAACAUGCCUUGUUUUGGGAUUUGGCUACACUCUACUUCAUGACCCGUUUAACUGGCGCAACAUUUUAGGGAUAUUGAUUGCUGUACUCGGAAUGGUACUCUACUCUUAUUGUUGCACUCGUGAGAGCCAGCGGAAGGCUAGUGAAGCAUCUCAACAGUUGCCCCAGACAAAAGAAAGUGAAGUGGAUCCUUUAUUAGCAAUGGAAAGUGGAACUAGAAUGCUAGGGGAGGAUAGUGCUGUUCAGAAAGGUCCUAUGUGGAAUUUGAACAAGGACUUGCAUGCUUAAAGCCUUUACUGUCUCUCUUAGUUUAACUUGGGUAAAAUAGUUUGAUAAAAAGUAGUGGAAAAAGCUGUUCCAGCAAUGAAGAUGUUGCUGGCAACUUUUCUCUAUCCGGGGCAUUGGUUCGGUUUAUAAUUUCCGUUGUAGAAGUGAUACUUCAGAGUCGAAGAAAAAAGAGUCGUAGAGACUAGAGAACGGUUUAUAUCAGCAGUUUUGGUGAUUAUUAUUGUACGAAUCAGGCUUAGCAAUUGAGAUUCAUACUGGAAUUUGGUACGUAGUAUGGUUGAACCAGAAUACUGGAAAUAUUCAGAAUUA